AUGCCCCGCGCCUUUCUGGUGAAGAAGCCGUGCGUCUCCACGUGCAAGAGGAACUGGAGCGAGCUCCCCGACGAGGAGCGCGGCGAGAUCUACGUGCCAGUCAGCCUGGGCUUCUGUCCACCACAGCCCUACCAGGAACCAGAGCCGUCGGUGGCUGAACCCCCUUCUUGCCCCCUGGCUUUGGACAUGAGCCUUCGGAACUCCAGCUAUAGUGUGACCCCCGGGCCCUGUGUGGUUGCCCAGCUGCCCUCCGAAGACAUGAGCCGCCUGGCAGGCCCGCAGAGCAGAGACCACGGCUUUCUGCGCACCAAGAUGAAGGUGACACUGGGGGACGGUCCCAGCGGAGACCUCUUCACAUGCCACAUCUGCCAGAAGGCCUUCACCUACCAGCGCAUGCUGAACCGCCACAUGAAGUGCCACAAUGAUGUCAAGAGGCACCUCUGCACCUACUGCGGGAAGGGCUUCAAUGACACCUUCGACCUCAAGAGACACGUGCGCACCCAUACAGGUGUGCGGCCCUACAAGUGCAGCCUGUGUGACAAGGCCUUCACACAGCGCUGCUCUCUGGAGUCCCACCUCAAGAAGAUCCACGGUGUGCAGCAGAAGUACGCGUACAAGGAGCGGCGGGCCAAGCUGUACGUGUGCGAGGAGUGCGGCUGCACGUCCGAGAGCCAGGAGGGCCAUGUCCUCCACCUCAAGGAGCACCACCCCGACAGCCCGCUGCUGCGCAAGACCUCCAAGAAGGUGGCCGUGGCCCUGCAGAACACCGUCACCUCCCUGCUGCAGGGCGCCCACCACGUCUGA